AUGCAUUCUUCCAUGAUCCUUCUGGGUAUCUUAUUUGGCUUGCUGGCCCAGGCUUACACUCUACCUCUGAAGAAUUCUACUGCAGUACAUGAGGGAAAAGCCAGGUUGAAAAGGAGAUACUCAGAUGAAAUUACAGACCGUGAUGAAAUGAACGCAAUGGAUCACAUACUAGGAGUCAAUCGCAGGUUGCGAGUCCCCAGAGGAAUGUUAUUAAGAGAGGGAGAUAUUGCCAGCUCGUACAUACGGAGCGCCAUAACCUGCCCUGGCAACGCCUGUCUGUGGCCUAAAUCGAUUGAUGGAUUUGUUUAUGUACCUUUCAUAGUCUCUCCACUCUAUGAUGACAUGGACAGAAUCACCAUAGAAAAUGGGAUGCAAGACAUUUCCUCUGGGACGUGUAUUAAAUUUGUUCCACGCACUCAUGAAGCCAACUUCCUCGAUAUUCAGCCUAGAUAUGGCUGCUGGUCAUUUCUGGGUCAAACCGGAGGAAGCCAGACCCUGUCACUGCAGACUCCUGGGUGCAUGUGGUCAGGAGUGGCUGCCCACGAGUUCAUGCACGCGCUUGGCUUUGUACACGAGCAGUCUCGCUCAGACCGAGACCACUAUGUCUCAAUUGUGUGGAAAAACAUCAUACCAGACCAAAUGCACAACUUCAGGAAACAGGUGACAAACAAUCUGAACAGUCCAUAUGAUUACAGCUCUGUCAUGCAUUAUGGAAGAUAUGCCUUCUCUGAAGACGGCGGACCAACAAUAAUCCCCAAACCAGAUCCUUACAUUCCCAUUGGCCAGCGAGAUGGACCCAGCAUGCUAGAUCUUCAUAAAAUAAAUGUCCUGUAUAACUGUGGCGCCAACGAGUAACUGGAUCCAGAGUGUUACAUUUUGUCAUAUUCUGUUCAAAUCUGCUCUCAGGUCAUGUCAGAUGUGGAACAAACAACUUUGGGUCUUAAAUAGAUUAAACAGGAAACAUUACUUCAUAGCAGUUUCGUUUUUCUCUGGUAGUAUUUUGAAUUUAUACAUUCUAGUCUGUUUAUUUUUUCAGAUUGUGUUCAGUCACUUUUGGGUGCAGUCUACUAAUCUGCCAUAGGGUGCAAAUAAAGGGGCAAGUAAGAAUUCAAAUUUUCUGUGAAGGUUCUCUCAGUCUAAGAAUUAAAAACAGCAUUUCUCUAAUAUAACUAAAAUCAGCACUGUGAUAAGUUUUUACAUGCCUGCUGCUGCCAGGCAGAUCACUGCAUCCACUGUCUGAAUCGCUUUCUUCCAUUUGUCUGCCUCCUUCUCAGCUUCUGCUCACUUUAAAUAAAGAAAAUGCAACAGUAAAAGUAACGGUCUAAUUGUGUGUUUGUCACAUCUCUGUCUU